AUGGAAGCUAACAAAAAAGCGAAUCCAAGUUCCAAAGACGUGAUCAGCAAUCUACCAGAUGAUCUUCUCUGCCAUGUCCUGUCUUUCCUGACUACAAAAGAGGCUGCUUUAACAUCGGUGCUCUCGAAGCGAUGGUCGAAUCUGCUUCAAUCGGUCCCCGUUCUCGAUUUCGACGAUUCCGCGUUACUCCGCCCCAAAUUCGGUCCACGAAACGUCACCGUUUUCAAGGAUUUCGUCGAUAGGUUACUCUCUCUCCGGGUGAAGAACUCGUCGCCGGUUAAGAGAGUCUCUCUCAAAUGUCGUCACGUACUUGAACCGGAGCGCUUAAUCCGGUGGAUACGAACGUUUAUCGAUCUCGGUGUGUUAGAUCUCUCUCUAAGCUUCGAUUACAGGAUUUUCAUUUUGCCGUUAAACGUCCUGACGAGCAAGACACUGGUAAACCUCAGAAUCGGAGCAAAGAUCCGUCUUUUCUACUCUCCUUCAGAUUCCGUUUCUCCGAAUGUUGAUUCACUCGUUCUUGAUUCGAUUACGUUUGAGGAUGGUAAGCUUGGGUUUCAGCCGAUUCUCUCAGCUUUCCCUGCGCUUAAGUCCCUGCGGAUCCAUGGAUCGAACAAGUGGAACUAUUGGAACGGGUCUAUCUCAAGUCCAACACUGAAGAAACUUGUGCUCACGAGUGAUGGUGAUGCUUCUGCUCCUAAACGCUGCGUUUCGUUUGACACUCCGGGUCUUGUUUGCUUGGAGUAUUCGGAUAUGGUUGCGGAUAAGUACGAGAAGCUGAAACUGGACAGCCUUGUUGAAGCCAGGCUUGAUCUUCUGUUGAAUGCGAACCAAAUCAUGCGCAAGAAUGCUCCGGAGAGUGUUGGUUUUGUGCCUGGUGAUGUUACGGCAUUGUUCAUGGGGAUACGAAAUGUCAAGAUCCUCUGCUUAUCUCCGGAUGCUCUGGAUGCUCUCUAUUACCGCGGUGAGAGGAUGCCAGUGUUCAACAAUUUGAUUAGUUUAACUCUGGGAAGUGAUAAACCUCAUGGCUCUCCAUACGUCUUCUGGAAAUUGCUUCCAUCUCUGCUUCUCAACUCGACAAACUUAGAAACUCUCAUCAUCAAGGGUCUAGUGCACUAUGUAAGAGAAGGAUGGGAAGGUGUACACUUGCAUAUUUCUUGGGAUGGUGUGUCUGAUUCUCUGUCAUCAUCGGCAGUGAAGGUUCUAAAGAUCAAUGGGUAUAGAGGAACUAGUCAGGAGCUUAAUCAGCUGAAGCGUUUCUUGGGGAAAUUAUCGCAUCUUGAAAUGGUUACGGUUGAUCAUGGAUCUAUGGAUGAUAGAGGAAGAUUUCGUCUGUUGAAGGAUCUCUUGUUUCUUCCCAAAGCUUCAUCCAAAUGCCAGAUCCAAGUCAUGAAGUAA